AAGUUAUAUCGAACUAUCAGAGCUCGGGCGAGUUAGACGAUAUUGAAGUAACCGGUAGUGCUCACUUUACACUGCCGUGAACCCGUUGUCUAUUUGACCCCCCCUAUAUUGGACAGUGGAAUACCUUGGAAAAAUGAUGAUGCAAGCUAGUUUUUGGAGUUUAGUGACUACCUCUGUCAGACCAACAUGUGUCACUCGCGUCAUACCUGGCUUGACAGUUGCCCAACAACGCAGAUAUGCCAGCAAUUUAGAAGCAGAUCUUGUAGUAAUAGGUGGUGGCCCAGGGGGCUAUGUGGCAUCGAUUAAAGCUGCACAGUUAGGCAUGAAAACUGUUUGUGUAGAAAAAGGUGAUACAUUGGGUGGGACAUGCCUCAAUGUUGGAUGCAUUCCAUCAAAAUCUCUUUUGAAUAAUUCACAUUACUAUCACAUGGCACAUAGUGGGGACCUGCAAAACCGUGGUAUCAUAGUUGAAAAUGUCAAGCUUAAUCUUGAUAAACUGAUGGAACAAAAGCGGAAUGUAGUUAAAGCAUUAACCAGUGGUAUUGCCGGUUUGUAUAAAAAGAACAAGGUAGAAUGGGUUAAAGGCCAUGGUAAAAUUACCGGUCCAAAUCAAGUGUCUGCACUUGGUCCAGAUGGUUCAGUAGUAAAUACAAUUAACACGAAAAAUAUUAUAAUUGCAACUGGUAGCGAAGUUUCACCAUUCCCGGGUAUAGAAAUUGACGAAAAACAAGUUGUAUCUUCUACCGGAGCGUUAUCGUUGAGCGCAAUACCUAAACGAUUUAUAGUAAUUGGUGCUGGCGUCAUCGGCCUGGAAUUAGGUUCAGUUUGGCAAAGAUUGGGCUCUGAAGUAACAGCAGUCGAAUUCUUACCGUCGAUCGGUGGAGCCGGUAUCGACGGCGAAGUUAGUCAAACGUUACAAAAAAUUUUAGCCAAGCAAGGCUUGAAAUUCAAAUUGGGAACGAAAGUAACUGCCGCAAAAAAGACAGGCAGCGAAAUCCUUGUUUCCGUCGAAGAUGCGAAAGAUCCUAGCAAAAAGGAGGACCUUCCGUGCGACGUCCUCUUAGUCUGUGUCGGCAGAAGGCCAUACACGGCGAAUUUAGGAUUAGAGGAUAUGGGAAUCGAGAGAGACGAAAAAGGCAGGAUCCCCGUAAAUAAUAGAUUCCAAACAGUAGUACCUUCAAUUUACGCGAUCGGAGAUUGUAUCCACGGACCCAUGUUGGCUCACAAAGCUGAGGAUGAAGGUGUGAUUACAGUGGAAGGCAUUGCUGGAGGUGCCGUUCAUAUCGAUUACAACUGCGUACCAAGCGUAAUAUACACACAUCCUGAAGUUGGUUGGGUUGGCAAGACAGAGGAAGACUUAAAGAAGGAGGGUAUCGAUUACAAAGUUGGCAAAUUCCCGCAUAUAGCGAACUCCAGGGCAAAGACGAAUCUUGACACGGAAGGUUUCGUUAAAGUGUUAGCCGAUAAGAAUACAGACAAAGUAUUGGGAGUACACAUGAUCGGUUCAGUUGCCGGUGAACUGAUCAACGAGGCAGUCCUCGCAAUGGAAUAUGGAGCAAGUGCAGAAGACGUUGCGAGAACGUGUCACGCACAUCCGACGUGUGCGGAAGCCUUGAAGGAAGCUCACUUGGCAGCGUAUUUCGGCAAACCCAUCAACUUUUAAAGACAUUGUUAAAAUAACGUGUGAAAUGUUACAUAUUUCGAUUCAUCGUAGCUUCGAUCUAGUCUACGUUCCAACUUCACGUUGCGCUGUACAUUUAGCGCAUAGGUCUCAUCGUCGCUUAAUCGCAUAAGGAAGAACAGUUGUAAAUAAAGUAUAAAAGAAUUUAUGAAACUAUCGCACCUUUUAUAGUAGGUUUAUUUUCGUUUCUUGACUAUUGUAUUUAUUUAAAUAAAUUAGUAAUCUAC